AUGGGGUUUUCUCCAAAACCAUCAUCCAGGAAAGAUUUCCGAUCCAUUACUUUGCCAUGCAGAUCACAUCCAUGCACCUACAGAAUCGACAAAGUGCUGAAUAAAGUUAAAACAUGGGAAUCCACAUCAUCAUUAUCGAAUCCAUCUGCAGAAAUCAUUUGCAGCGGCGUGUUUCAACUGACAGAGUUGUAUGAAUGUUUGGAUGACCUUGUCCAAACAUGUCCUUCCAAAACUUCGUUAGAUUCCAGCAAUCAGAACAUGAGAUGGACGGAUGAGUUACUUGAUGUAUCUGUUAUUUUCAUGGAUAUUUUCAGCAAUAUAUCUGAUCUCAUGUUGCAGACAAAACAACAUGUGAGGGAUCUGGGGGUGUGA